UAUAAACGAAAACAUAUUUGAGUUAAUGUUUAUAUCCUUUAACAUUAUGAGUUUUCGGUUAAUCGCGACAACUUCACUAUUUAAGAAUUUACUUAAAAAUUAUGAUUUUUAACAAAAACAUAUCAAUUUGCAUAAUAAUUUUAGUAAUUUUAAGCAUUGCAAAUAGUAUUAUUUUUAAUGGAACGUUAAAUCAAAAAGAGUUUCCAUCCGGUUUUCAAUUUGGUGUUGCUACCUCCGCUUAUCAAAUUGAAGGUGGUUGGAAUGCGAAUGGAAAAGGAGAAAAUGUUUGGGAUUACUUUACCCAUACAUUUCCCAACAAAGUUUUUGAUGGUAGUAAUGGUGAUAUAGCAUGCGAUUCAUAUCACAAAUUCAAAGAGGAUGUGCAAAUGGCGAAAAGCCUCGGAGUUCAUUUUUACCGUUUCUCGUUAAGUUGGACGCGAAUUUUAUCAAACGGACUCCCAAACUCUUUAAACUCCGAUGGAAUUCGUUAUUACAACGAAUUAAUCGAUGAAAUUAUCGCGAACAACAUGAUUCCAAUGGUUACUUUAUUCCAUUUUGAUUUACCACAAACACUUCAAGAUAUAGGUGGUUUGCCAAACGAGUUAAUAGCGGAUUAUUUUGUUGAUUUUGCUCGAAUUGUUUUCAAAAAUUUUGGUGAUAGAGUAAAAAUGUGGAUAACCAUAAACGAACCGAUGCAAAUGUGUCGAUUUGGUUACGGAGGAUUUGGUUUUUUGGCACCAGCUUUAAACCAAUCCGGGUUGGGAGAUUAUUUAUGCACUAAAACUUUAACGAAAGCCCACGUUAAAAUUUAUCAAUUAUACAACGAAGAAUUUCGAAGUUCUCAAAAUGGAAAAGUUGGCCAUACUUUUCAUAGUUAUUGGUUUGAACCAAAAAGCAAUAACGUUGAAGAUAUCGAAGCAGCAGAGAGAAUGUUUGAAUUUUAUACUGGGUUGUAUGCUCAACCUAUAUUUGGUGACGGUAAUUGGCCUUUGAUAACCAAAGAGAGGGUUGCAAAAAUUAGUAAAAUUCAAAAUCUUUCAAAAUCAAGGUUACCCGAUUUCACAACCGAAGAAAUACUCCAUAAUGAAAAGUCAGCUGAUUUUAUGGGUUUAAAUUAUUAUUUUGCUGCUAUUGUUCAACAUAGAGAUGAUGACCCGGCUAAUAUACCAAUAGAUUACGAUCUCGAUGCUGGAAUUUCGUAUCAAAAUGACAAUGAAGAAUAUAAAAUUGGACCGGAAGGUCUUCGAAAAAUUUUAGUGAAAUUAAAAAAAAAUUACGGCGAUAUUCCGAUUUAUAUCACUGAAAAUGGGUUAGGCACAGGCAAAGGAUUAAAAGAUUAUGAUAGAGCUAAUUAUUACUUGACAUAUUUAAGUGCUUGCUUAGAUGCAAUAUACGAAGACAACGUUAAUUUAGUUGGUUACACAGCUUGGAGUCUAAUGGAUAAUUUUGAAUGGAUCUUUGGAUACACGAAAUAUUUUGGCAUUUACGAUGUCGAUUUUAAUGAUCCAAACCGACCGAGAACUCGAAAGUUAUCUGGAGAUGUUUAUGCUGAUGUUAUAAAAAAUAACAAACUACCAACAAAAACUUUGGAUGUUCCAGACGCGUCAUCCUUUAUAACCUAUAAUGUUAUGUUAAUUCUUGCUUUAUUAUCUUUGUUAUAUGUUUUAUACCAUGCUUAAAGAAUUCCUGAAAUAUAUUUUAUGUGUAAUUUAA